UGUGAUAGAGUCAUAAUCACCCCCCCAGCCCAGACACAUUAUACUACACUGCAUGCUGCUGCUCCUGCAGAGGUGCACUGACUGCGGCCACUGAGCACCCCCAAAUAUACCCACUGCUCAUAGGCUUCCCCCAGAGCAGCGCUGAGGAGCCGGGUCACAGGACACGGAGGCAGAGGGUGAGUACCGGGGGAUCUCCGGAAGCCGCUGCCGUGCUCUUCCACCUCAGCAAUGGCCUCCUUGUGUUUCCCGCUCACUGUCUUCCUGCUGGACGCAUCACUCAGUUACAUAGCAGCCUGCCUCAUAUACAGCUAUUAUCCCAUUUAUUUCCUGGGCACCGUGUGGCUGGCGCACCUCAUUAAGGCCCCCGUGCUUGGCACAAUAGCUGUUAAACUGCCCUGCCCACGAUGGACGCCAUCAGCCUUUCUGUACACUCUGACCCUUUGCCUGGUGCCACCGCUCUACCAGACCCUCAGGUUCCUCCUCACCUCUCAGGCUCCGGAGUUACACUCAGGCCUGUCCCACACCCUGCUCUCUCACCUGCCCGUGUCCCUCGCAUGCCUGUUCUGGGAUCUGGCUUCACCUCUCAUUCUCCCGAGAGAGACUCCAUCCCCAGAUGCCAAUGGGAGACAGAGCGACAGAAAGAACUUCAUCAGGCUCCUGAAAUAUUCCAAACCAGACUGGCUGCCCCUGAGCCUGGCGUUCACUUUCCUGACGCUGGCCUUGUCAUUUGAAAUGCUGAUUCCCUACUACAUGGGACGUGUGAUUGACAUCUUGUCCAACAAUUACCAGGAGACGGAAUUCCUGCUCGCUAUUUUUUUCAUGGCCACUUUUUCUAUCACAAGCUCUCUCUCCGCAGGCUGCCGCGGCGGAUGCUUCAUGUUCUGCAUGUCUCGUCUCACUCGCCGUUUGCGACUCCAUCUCUUUAAUGCUCUCAUUAAACAGGAUAUUGGAUUCUUUGAAACUACUAAAACAGGUGACAUCAAUUCUCGGCUGUCACAUGACACAGCGCUGGUGAGCCGCUCUAUUGCAGGGAAUGUGAACAUCACUCUGCGAAUGCUGGUGAAGUGCAUUGGACAUUAUUACUUCAUGUUCUCCCUGUCCUGGCGGCUCACUCUCCUCACCUUUAUCAGUACUCCACUCACAUGGGGUGUCCAGAGCCUGUACAAUAAAUACCACCAGGUCUUGGUGAAGAAGGUUCAGGACUCCAUCGCUAGCUCCAGCGACCUGGCGAAAGAGAUUAUUGAGUCGGUAAGGACGGUGCAAAGCUUUGCUGCUGAGGAAGAGGAGGUGAAGAGAUACGAGCAGUCUCUGAGGAAGACACAUGAUCUCCAGACACGUAGGGACCUGGUCAGAGCUGUCUAUCUGCUGGCGACAAGGAUCAUAAACCUGGGAAUUCAGGUCCUAAUGUUAUGGCUUGGGCACAAUUUAAUCAAGAGUGGAGCUAUGAGCAGUGGGGAGAUGGUGUCCUUCAUCCUAUUCCAGAUGCAGACGGGAGACUAUUUGCGGUCCCUGGUGCACAUGCUCAGUGAGAUAACACAUUCAGCUGGCGCCGCCAGCAAAGUCUUCCAGUACCUGGACCGGGAGCCGCUGGUCUCCACGUCUGGUUCUCACUGUCCUGAUGAUCUACGUGGUGAAUUUGAGUUCAGGAACGUGACAUUCUCCUACCCUUCCCGCCCAGACGCCACCACCCUGCAGAAUGUCUCAUUCACCCUUCCCCCCGACACCGUCACUGCUCUCGUUGGGCCCUCUGGCGGUGGUAAGACAACCUGCGUGUCGCUGCUGGAGAGGUUCUACGAGCCCCAUUGCGGGGAAAUCCUGCUGGACGGAAGGCCAAUAGCUGACUAUGAACAUCAGUACCUUCAUAGCAAGGUGGCGCUGGUGGCUCAAAACCCAGUUUUAUUUUCCGGGACGAUAAAAGAAAACAUCGCUUACGGCGUCCAGGACUCCAGUGAUCAGCAGGUGACGGCAGCAGCGAGAGAGGCCAAGGCUGACGUCUUCAUCAGAGACCUGGACUCGGGAUACGACACAGAUGUCGGGGGCAGCGGGAAUCAGCUGGGCGCUGGUCAGAAGCAGCGGAUCACCCUUGCCCGCGCGCUGGCGCAGAGACCCCGGCUGCUCAUUCUGGACGAGGCCUCAAGUUGUCUGGAUGUAGACACGGAGCAUGAGAUCCAGCAGUCUCUGCAGAGCACCCGGGGCCUCUCCCUGCUCAUCAUCGCUCACAGGCUCCGCACUAUACGGAAUGCCGAUCAGAUCCUGGUCCUGGAGGGAGGCCGGAUAGUAGAGCGCGGGACUCAUGAGGACCUUGUGAGGAACAGAGGAGCUUAUUACAAGCUCCUGCAAAAUGGCAACUGAGACGCGCUUACCCACUGGGGACAAGAAGAACUGGGCACAGAUUGGGGGAGUAGGGAAAGUAUGACAGUAUUAAGCUGAUGAAGACCUGGUAGAAACGUACGUCGCCUUAGGCAGCGUCUUCUAAACAAGAAACCGGAAGACAAGCCUGGAAAAUUAGAAACCGUUUUAUUAUACAGCAAUAUGUUUCCAAGCAGGAUAUGUGGCUCUUACUAAAUGUAACAGGAAGCGGUUUCCACACUUUGGUUCAAUCUUGUUCUCACCAUCAUCAAGUCCUGAUCUUUCCUGCCCCAUCCCCCCCAUCCUGUACGUUCUUCAUCAAGUAGUUAUUACCUGGUGGCAGCGUCUGGUAGAUCUCUGCACAGAGCUUCUCUCCUGUACCAUCUGUUUGCACUAUACAGAAGUAGUGGUACCUACACAUAAAGCACUUACCUUCCUUAGGGCCUAAUUCACACCUGAUCGCUGUUGUGCGAAAUCGCAAAGGAGGACGAUUAUCGAACGACUGCGCAUGUGUACGAAAUGUAAUGCGCAGGCGCGAGGUCAAACUGCGAAAGAAAUCAGCGUUUUUUUAUUGUUAGGCGAAUGCAGGCGGACGUUUGUGGGUGGUAACUGGACGUUUUCUGGGAGUGUCAGGAAAGAUGCAGGCGUUCCAUAGCGUUUUUUAGGAGGGUGUGUGGCGUCAGCUCCGGCCCCGAUCAGCCUGAUUCUAUCGCACUGUGGUAGUAAGUGCCGGGCUACACACAGACUGGAAAAAUCAUUAGAUGGUGAGUGAGUUGUGAAUGGAUUUGCAGCUGUCCGGCGUCUGUAAAGCUUUUCGCACGGCGUACACAGACUUACACAGGGCGAAUUUUCACUGUGUCUGGCCGGCGACUAUCCGAUCGCAACCUCUGCAGAGUCACAAGGGAACGAUCAGGUCUGGAUUAGGCCCUUACAACGCUCUGAUUGCAUCUUCCCUACUAGGCUUUGAUAAAUAGGGGUAGAUUAUAGAGGAUUUUCUAAGCUACUGAGAGUGAAAUGUGUCUGGUUUGUUCUCUUGUAUUCUGCUCAGUUCUUACCUGCAAUAAAUGUAAAUGACUUAGCAGUAGGAUUUAGAUGCUAAAACAAGAACUAAGGGGGCGAUUCAGAGAUGGAUGCAGCAGCGCGUCUGUACGCGGCGGCCGCGUCCAUCUGGUCUGCGCACGCGACCCUUCUUCUUACUGCCACACCCUGGAAGGAUGCGGCCGCUAGGUGAUUAACAGCAGCGGGUGUCCGGGGAGGGGGCGACGUUUCGCAGGCGUGGCGGGCCAAACGGGGGCGUGUCGGCAGCGUUUUCAGGGCAGUUGCGUAACAUCACGCGCAGCCACUUCCGGACAAAAAACAGCCUGAUGUGAUGGCACUGGAGGAGUAAGUCCGGGGCUGCGCAGAGACUGCACACAGUGGAUUUUAGCAGCUCGGCGUACACAUGGGAUCGCACACUUGCACAGCAAAUAUACACUCCCCCUGGAGGCGGUGACUAUCUGAACGCAGGACAGCAAAAUUAGCAGCUCAGCGAUCAGUUCUGAAUGACCCCCAUAGUCUGGUGCAUGUUUCCAAGAACUGUAGUAUGUCAGUAUUGUGUGAUAUAUGUGUUAUUGUUACUAUUUCGCUUGUCUCAGUGUUGGGUCUUUGUACACGGUGUUGGAAAAAAACUAUAGACACAACGUUGUGCAGAUCAUCAGAGGUGUGUUAUCAGAGCUGCACCACGGCUUAGUGCACUGUGCACACAACCUGCGUUCCUGUGAGCUCUGCUGUAUUGUGUUCUAUCGCUUACAGUGGACUGACGUCACAUGAAGUGACAGCUUGUAAGUGACAGCUUGUAAGAGAGCGCAGACCAACGUGCAUAUAAUGGGCCUUAAUGACGCCAUCUGAUCUCUGUGUACAGUACAAUGCUUUAGUCUCAAUUCUCUGCAGAAAUGACCUGAGUUGUGUUUUUUUCCUGGGUCCAGGACCCCAUCCAUGUAAUAGACACUGUACAAAAUGUAUUUUAUAAAUGAAAGACGUUGAACGAUUA